CAAAAACGUACAGCUGCCCCUCCGCCACUCUUCCCUUUCUCCCUGCAACUGUCCCUGCAACCACUUUAAAUUUUGUUGACACGCGUCUCGCGUUGCCGGGCUCUGUGAUUUUGCUUCUUCUUGCAUCUUCACUCCCUUGAUCAUCCCAUUUUAUCUUUUGAUCGAUAUUCUGCAGCUAGCUUAUCUUGCACCAACGACCAUGACGACUCCCGAGCAAAAGCUGGCCAUUGGCAGAGAGCGUCCUGCUGUGGCGGACAUUGCUGGAGCCAAGCCCACGCCUCUAGGAAAGGAUGCCAAGUUGAGCGUCCCUUCUGCGAUCCAGAAUCGUGAUGAGAAGCAGCCUUUGGUCCAGGGCACGACCUACGAAUUCGACGAGCAGGAUGAGCCUCUGCUCAAGGAAAACCCUCACCGCUUUGUCAUGUUCCCCAUUCAGUACAACGACAUCUGGCAAUUCUACAAGCAGGCCGAAGCAUCCUUCUGGACCGCUGAGGAGAUUGACCUUUCCAAGGAUUUGUCCGACUGGAACGACCGUCUGAACGAUGACGAGCGUUUCUUCAUUUCCUAUGUUCUUGCCUUCUUUGCUGCCUCGGACGGUAUCGUCAACGAGAAUCUUGCCCAGCGAUUCUGCUCUGAGAUCCAAAUUCCUGAAGCUCGCAGCUUCUACGGCUUCCAGAUUAUGGUUGAGAAUAUCCACUCUGAGACUUACUCGCUCCUGAUCGACACCUACAUUAGCGAUCCCGCACAGCGGACCUUCCUUUUCGACGCCGUUGACACUAUUCCUUGCAUUCGCAAGAAGGCCGACUGGGCUCUCCGGUGGAUCACGGAUAAAGAGUCAACUUACGCCUCUCGUCUUGUGGCCUUUGCUGCCGUCGAGGGUAUCUUCUUCUCCGGCUCUUUCGCCUCCAUUUUCUGGCUCAAGAAGCGUGGUCUCAUGCCCGGCUUGACCUUCUCCAACGAGCUCAUCUCGCGUGACGAGGGUCUGCACACCGACUUUGCCUGUCUUAUCUUCUCGCACUUGCGCCAUCGCCCCAGCAAGCAGGUUGUGCAGAAUAUUAUUGUCGAGGCCGUCGCUAUUGAACAGGAGUUCUUGACCGAUGCUCUCCCCGUGGCUCUGCUUGGCAUGAAUUCUGAGUUGAUGAAGCAGUACAUUGAGUUCGUUGCUGACCGUCUGCUCUAUGCUCUCGGUAACGAGAAGUACUACAACGCAACCAACCCCUUUGACUUUAUGGAGUCCAUUUCCUUGCCCGGCAAGACCAACUUCUUCGAGAAGCGUGUUGGAGACUACCAGAAGGCCGGUGUCAUGGCUAGCACCAAGAAGGAGGCUCCCGGUGCUGAGGCUCGUGCUCACGCUGAGGCUGGCGGCGGUAUCACCUUUGAUGAGGACUUUUAAACGCAUCAAUCCUCUUUGUUUCUUUUCCUCUCUGGAGAGCCUCAUGUGCUCCACUUUUUCUUGGAUUACUUCCGGCCCCAUUAUCCCACUUUCUAAUCAUUUUUCUUCCCCUGACGUUUUCCCCCUCUGUCUCGAGGCCUAAAAUUAUGUUGUCUGCGUAUAGACGGGCAUGAACCUUUACCCAUUCUUUAUCAUUUUCUCAAAGGCGUUUUGGCAUCUCUACUCGGAAGCUGGGGUUUUCACAUUUAUUCCUCUGCGCGGCAGAUUUUAACGAAGGGCAUAUCAAAUCAUGAAAUCAAUCACUAUUCAUUUCUAAAUUCUCUCCAUAAUGUUCAUUUGCUCGAUUCACGAAGUGCAUCUACUUUUACAAUUGAUUUUUUAACACGCUG